AUGGCGGAAGUGAGUGAAAUCUCUCCAGAUGUACUGCGCUGUACGGUGUGUCUGGAAGACUAUCGAGCUCACGGGCCCCUGAAGCCACGGAUAUUGCCAGUCUGCUUACAUACAUUCUGCGAAGGUUGUCUUGAGAAACUUGGACAGGACAAUGUUUACAGUAUCUCGUGUCCCAUAUGUCGCGUGUUCAAUAAUGUUUUUGGGAAAGACGGUAUCCAAACACUGCCCAUUAACACCAAAGUGCCCUACUUCGAGACUGUGGAGGAAGAGACAGAGGAAACCAACCUCUUGGAUUUCAUUGACCCAGACAUGCCAUCCUGCCCAGUCUGCGGGGGCAUCACACUGUUUGCCCCAUUCGGUGAGGAGGCAGACAUUACGCAGUGCCACACUUGCCAGUGGGUAAGUGUAGAAAUGUUGGAGAUCACAGAACGGAAUGAGUUUACAAGUCAUACUCCGAUAUGUGAAAACACUGAUAGAACAUUAUAUCAAAACAAGGGAGCCCAAACCCAAAAUACAGCACCCCCAUCUGGCCGAAGGAAGAGUCUGCUUCUCAGAAUGAUCAACUACCUGAGGUAA